CUAUAUCCUUAUGAAUUCAUGUAUAUAUAUAUAUAUAUAUUGGCUGAUAAUAUCUUUCAUUGUUUAAUGAUACUAGAUCGCGAUCACAGGAGAUGCGAAUUGGACGUCGUUUGCAAAGCGAUUCAAGAGAGCAAUUCUGGAAGGGUCUUUCCAUAUUGUGGACAUGAGUACACGGGAAUGUAGAGUCAUUGUUGACAACGAUGUUCAUUCACGAACAGGCAGUAGCUCCAGCACUUUAGAAACCAUUGUCAUUGAUAUGUAUCCAGUCAAUCAUGCAAGUCGAGGCGAGAAAAUUGGUGAAUUUAUGUUUGAGUGCGCCAGAUUCAUACAAGCUCAUGGAUGCAGUUUGCGUGGAGGGACUUCAAUACCAUCUGAAUCAACAAGUAUGAAUGAAGCAGGCGCAGAGUCCACAAAAGCAGAAAACGGAGCCAACACAAUUGGUGAUGAUGGCAAGAGUUUAAUCGAUUUGAAAUUGGAACGCGACAACCUCAAAUCUGAAAAUGCAGAUCUGAAGCGGGAAAUUGAUAAACUUCAUGCUCAAUUAAUGAAAGCUGGAAGCGGUUUGCAUGGCGGUCUUGGAGCGAACAAAGGUCGCCCAAACUCAAAAAAUACACAAAUGGCAAUGAUGGUGAAGGAACAGUUGUUAAAGAAGCGCAAAGGCAUCAGUGCUCUAAACCCCCGGAUGAAAAAGGGCGUUGUCGCAAAGGGAACCGAGUUUGGAAGCGACGAAGAAGACGACGAAUAAUUGAAGAAGAAAAAAAAAAAAAAAAAAAAAACUUAAACAAUAGCUGGAAACAUUUUUCCCUUGAUCCGUCCAAUAAAUUGGAUGAGAUGCUUUCAAGCCAACUUACAACUUUCCCGGUGGGGCAAU